AUAAUCGCGCCACUGACCGACCGAAGAGUGCAGCUGAUGGGCGAACUCGUAGCCGGGAUACAGGUGGUAAAGAUGUACGUUUGGGAGAAACCGUUCAGCAAGAUCGUAUCGGUGACCAGAAAGCUGGAAAUCAAAGGGAGCAAAUUCUCAUCAUACGUGUUCGCCGCAUGUUUGGCCAUAACAGCCUUCACCGAUCGACUGGCCCUCUAUUUCACUUUGAUAAUGUUUGUCCUAAGUGGAAAUGACUUGACUGCCGACGUUACCUUCGUAACAUCGACGUACUUCAUUAUUUUUAGAGUUACCGUCGCGAUGAGUUUUCCACUGGCGCUGGUAAUGCUGGGCGAAUCAAUAGUGUCUACGAACCGAUUAGAGGACUUUUUGCUGAUGGACGAAGUGAGUAUGGAACGUUUAGAGAAGACGCCGCAAUUACAUGAUAAAUUUCAGAAACCAAACGAAGCGACUAAUGUAGAGAAUCAAACAGACAUCAGAUACAUUUUGAAAAAUAGGAGUAACGUUCUUUCGGAGCUUCAGGGAACUUCUGACCUUCCGGUCUGCGUGAAGCUUCAGCAAGUUUCCGCCAAUUGGAUCAACGGCCAAUUGCCGCCGACUUUGUGCAAUAUCGACUUGACCAUCAACCCGGGCCAGUUAUGCGUUGUGGUCGGCGCCGUGGGCUCCGGUAAAUCGUCUCUGUUACAUCUACUGCUGAAGGAGUUGGAUCCCGGCGCGGGUUCAGUGGCUCUCACUCAGAGCUCUUCGAAGAAUAAUUUUCUGCGUAUCUCUUAUGCCAGCCAGGACCCCUGGCUUUUCAGCGGUACUGUGAGAGACAACAUACUCUUUGGUCAGCCCUACAACAAGGCCAGAUAUAAUCAGGUGACAAAUGUGUGCGCCUUGACGAAGGAUUUCCGGCAGUUUCCACAAGGAGACAUGACAAUGGUCGGCGAAAGAGGUAUAACUCUGUCCGGAGGCCAAAGAGCGCGAGUCAAUCUCGCGAGAGCGGUUUACAGGUUGGCGGAUCUCUAUCUACUCGACGAUCCCUUGAGCGCGGUGGACUCUCGUGUCGCCAGGCACCUCUACAGGAAGUGCAUUACUGAGUAUCUCCACGACAAAACGAGAAUACUCGUCACCCAUCAGUUGCAAUUUCUCAAACGCGCGGAUCACAUCGUCGUGUUGGAUCGAGGUUUUGUGAAGAUGCAAGGAAUCUAUAACGAAUUAGUAGAUUUCAUUGGAAUGUUGGACAAUUUGAUUCACGAAGCACAGAAGAAUGAACAGAACACGAGAAGAACCUUGGAAAUGUCUACGAGACAAAUGUCGAUAACGCGACGUGAUUCGGAAUUAUCGACCGCGAGUUCCAUUGUAAGAUAAACCUUAUC